AUGGCUCCAAACACUUCUAGAAAGCAAAAGAUCGCUAAGACCUUCACUGUUGAUGUUUCCUCUCCAACUGAAAACGGUGUCUUUGACCCAGCUUCUUACGCCAAGUACUUGAUUGACCAUAUUAAGGUUGAAAAUGCUACUGGUAACUUGGGUAACGCUGUUACUGUCGAAGAAGAUGGUUCCAUUGUUACUAUCGUUGCUACUGCCAAGUUCUCUGGUAAGUACUUGAAGUACUUAACUAAGAAAUACUUGAAGAAGAACCAAUUGAGAGACUGGAUUAGAUUCGUCUCUACCAAGACUAACCAAUACAGAUUGGCCUUCUACCAAGUUACUCCAGAAGAAGAUGCUGAAGAAGAAGAAUAA